GGAAAAUCUUGUAUUUGCGGCUAUAAAAGGCACAGCUGACUCUUGCCAAUUGUUAGUUGAAUUUAUCCCAGUUAAAGUGAAGGGGAAGGUAUUUUAAAAUGCGAGGACUCUCUAGUACUUUGGUCCUUCAAGCCUUCUUGCUGGCUGCGAUGGUUCAUCUGAGCACCCAAACGCGUUACUUAAACGCCACCGACGACAUCUGUCGCCUGUUCAAGGAUGGUACCGAACUCCUGAAGCCCGGCACCUGCAGCGAGUCGAUUAUUUGCGAAAACUUUGAAUCAACACCAGGCCAAACCUGUACGGGUUCCAAGCCGUAUUUCAGCGGUUCCAAUGGUAAAUGCCAAGCAUCCGCGGACACUUACUGCGACACAAGCAAAAUAUGCAAAGGAUCUGGAACGGGCUAUAUUGGUGAUAGCAUAAAUUGUGCGAAUUGGUACUACUGUGAUGCAGAUGCGUUGCUGGGCCAAGGAACAUGCAUCCAGGGAAUGUACUUUGAUCAGGUGGACAAGAAGUGCGUCUAUCAGAAAGACACAGAGUGUGCGGCCAAAUACGAGUUCUGCGACAUUGUGCCCACAGGCACACCCUUCCGCGAUGAGGCCAACUGCCACAUGUACUUUACCUGCAACAGUAAGACCAAGGCCCUGGUUACGGUUACAUGCGAAAAUGGCCUGUAUUACGACGUGGCCACCGGAACUUGUGUGCAGAAGAAGGACGUUAUCUGCGAGAACCAUCCGCUGCCGGAGGAGGUGUGUGGCAACAAGAAACUGGCGGUGCGCAACAAAUUCGUUUCGGAUAUGGCCACAUGUCGCGGUUACUACUUCUGCCGGGAUCUGGGUUCCGGAAUACCCGAUCCCGAGCCUAUAUUCCAGCAGUGCGACGAGAACAACUUCUUCAAUGUGGAUCGGCAGGCGUGCAUGCCGCGCGAGAGCCAGAAGUGCGACUAUGAUAGAUGCGAUGGCCGCAAGGAUGGCUUUGAAGUGGCUGAAAUCGAUGGAUGCCACGACUACAUCGAGUGCGUCGAUGGCCGGGAAACAACUCCUUUCAGCUGUACGGAUGAGUAUUUCGACGUUGGCAAACAGAGCUGCACCGAAACUCACUUAGCUUACGGAGCCUGUUCCUCUUAGCUGCAUUUCA